UGAUAACCUAAAGGUUCUCAAGGCUGCUGAAAAAGGCAAAGCGAUAAGCUUGGUCUUCAUUUCCACAACCUAGUUGCAGGUUCCAGAGGCCUCCAACAUUGAAUCCCCUAAAGCAACCACAACUAGCUUCCAUUUCUGUAAUAGGACAUUCAUCUUAUUUUGGUGAAAGCUAUCCGUCUUCGUUUUGGGGUUUGGUUCUUCAUUUUUGAAGGAGAAAUAUCAGGUUCAUAAAGGACAUCAUUUCCUCCAUAUAUAAUAUAUUGAUUCAUGGGAUCUCUGCAUAAAGCUAUCAUUCCUGGGUUGCCUGACGACUUGGCAUUGAGAUGUCUGGCAAAGCUGUCUCAUGGAUAUCAUGGACUGGUUGAGACUGUUUCAAAGACAUGGAGAGAUUUGAUCCGGAGUUCAGACUAUGCCAACUAUAAAACCAGGGAAGGUUUGUGUGGCAACUGGUUGUUUGUUCUGACUGAAGGCUCCAACAAUGAGUGGGUUGCUUAUGAUCCUGAAGCUGAUAGGUGGCAUCCUCUGUCAAAAAUUCCUUCUGUCCAUGGUGAGGAGAGACACUAUGGAUUUUCAUGUAUUAGUGUUCGCAAUCGAUUUUUCGUAAUAGGAGGGUCCUAUUCUCAUGACAAUCCUACAUUUCCCCAUCAGAGGCCUUUGGUAACAAAUGAGGUUAUGCAGUUUGAUCCGUUUAAGAAACAAUGGACCAAUGUGGCAAGCAUGAUUACUCCCCGCUCUCACUUUGCAUGUACGGUCAUAUCAGGGAAAAUUUAUGUUGCUGGGGGACGUAACUUAGCUUGCACCAGAGGGCUUGCUCUUGCUGAGGUCUAUGAUCCGGUGGCUGACAAAUGGGAAGAGUUGCCACCAAUGCCCCACCCGCAGAUGGACUGCUUAGGCUUAUCUUACAAAGGAAAAUUUCAUGUUCUUAGCGAGCAAGUAGGCCUGCCAGACCAAAAUACCUCAGAGGUGUUUAGUCUAUCUGAUGAAACAUGGUGCACAAUGGAAGAUGUUUGGCCUUUGUCAAGGGCAAUGCAAUUUGCUGUGCAGAUGAUAGGAUAUAAUCGAGUGUAUACUGUUGUAGAUUGGGGUGAGAGCUUGAUAAAAACACGAGACUCUGAAAAAGGGGAGUGGUACAACAUAGGCUCAGUUCCAUCUGUGGUUCUUCCUGAUCACAGUCGGCAACUGGAGGCUUUUGGUUAUGGUUUUGCUGCCUUACAAAAUGAAUUAUAUGUCAUAGGAGGGAAGGCUCUGAAGUGGGAACAAUCUGGUGCUGGGAGGUUUGACAUUGUCAAGUUGGAUUUGGUGAGGGUUUGUAACCCCUUGGUUGAGCCAUUGAAAUGGAGGGAAACUAGACCCAUGAUUGGGUCAGCUCGGGGCGCUGUCCUAGGGUGUGCAUCCAUGGAAGAAGUAUCUUCAAACUGACCAAGGCUUCAUUCUAUUGGGAAAGUCAUCCUUUCCGGUUCAGCCCUACCAAAUCCGUUCCCUUUCAUAGUCUAAACCAGGAUCAUGACCUUGCUUUGAGGAGAGACAGCAGCUCAAACUCCAUACAUAUCAAAAACAUAGAGGAGAAAAUGCAUACAUUGCAGGUGUUCCAGAAGAACAACGAGAACUUUCUCCUAGAGUUGAGUAGCCAAAAGUUCGCAUAGAAGUCAGUCUACCUUGUUCACCGAUGCCGCGAUGCAGACUCUCACUGCCAGUCUCAAUCUAUGGAGGUACUGGCCAAAGUAUAGCUCCAAACGCACCGAAUGACCAAGAUUGAAGAAGUCCCUUGCUUAACUGCCUUCCUUCCUUAUUGUAACACCACUCUGUCCAUGAACAAUGAUUAUAAUUGCAACUCAACCAAAAUUAGUAUCGAAACAAGCGUCUAUAAUCAGUAAUGAAAAACUAGUGAGCAGACGCUGCUGAUUCAAUUUGGUUAGCUAGCAUUUCAUU